GCCGGGAGCCCUAGGCGUCGGAGAGCUUUGUGCGCGAGCGGCUCUUUGGAAGUCCCGAGGCUCCUCUCCGCGACGUCCUAACGGAGUGGGGAAAGUUUUGCCCCGGGAAACUGAGCGGUGGGCGCUCACGGAGCGUGCGUUGGGGUGGGGCGGGGGAUGUAGGUUUUCACACCAGGGGUGGGGCGGAGACGAAGGGGGACGCGACUGAACCACAGCGCAGGAGUUGGCGAGGGAGGGUCCCCGGCUGUCAGCGUUGGGCGCGCGGACAGGCAGGCGCUGGCGACGGGCGACGCCCCCGCCACUGAAACUGCGGGAGCACUUCCAGGAUAGGCCAGGCGAAGAGAGAAACAGAUUGAUAUACAAUUUUUUAUUUUUCAAGAGACUAAAAAGAUGAUCUGCCUUUUGGAGAAAUCAAAGCAAUUUGCAAUUUUAAGGCUAAGCAAAGUACUAGCUCUGUGAUUAGAUCAAAUUCCCCAACAACAACAUCUCAGAUUAUGGCAAGAAAGAAAAGGAGAGGGAUAAUAGAGAAAAGGCGUCGAGAUCGGAUAAAUAACAGUUUAUCUGAGUUGAGACGACUGGUGCCAACUGCUUUUGAAAAACAAGGAUCUGCAAAGUUAGAGAAAGCCGAAAUACUGCAAAUGACAGUAGAUCAUCUGAAGAUGCUUCAGGCAACUGGGGGUAAAGGCUACUUUGACGCACACGCUCUGGCCAUGGACUUCAUGAGCAUUGGCUUCCGGGAGUGCCUAACGGAAGUGGCCCGGUACCUGAGCUCCGUGGAGGGCCUGGACUCCUCCGACCCCCUGCGGGUGCGACUGGUCUCUCAUCUCAGCACAUGUGCCUCGCAGCGGGAGGCGGCGGCCAUGACGUCCUCUCUGGCCCACCACCACCACCCCCUGCACCCGCACCACUGGGCGGCAGCCUUCCACCACCUCCCCGCGGCCCUGCUCCAGCCCAACGGACUCCACACGUCCGAGUCCACGCCUUGUCGCCUCUCCACCGCUUCGGAAGUGCCUCCUGCCCAUGGCUCCGCCCUCCUCACGGCCACGUUCGCCCACGCCGACUCCGCCCUUCGGAUGCCGGCCACGGGCAGCGCAGCCCCCUGCGUGCCGCCUCUCUCCACCUCUCUCUUGUCCCUCUCCGCCACUGUCCACGCGGCCGCGGCCGCAGCCACUGCAGCGGCGCACAGCUUCCCUCUGUCCUUCGCGGGGGCCUUCCCCAUGCUCCCCCCUAACGCAGCUGCAGCCGUGGCAGCCGCCACAGCCAUCAGCCCGCCCUUAACCGUGUCGGCCACGUCCAGCCCGCAGCAGACAAGCGGUGGAACAAACAGUAAACCUUACCGACCCUGGGGGACAGAAGUGGGAGCUUUUUAAGUUUUCACUGAAUUUUUUGCAGUGGUAACCGAAUGUCCUUCGUUUCUGAGUCAGCUUAAAACCUCUGCACCCUGAAAGUAGCCAUACAGAUGUCUACAGAUCCACAAAGGAAUAAAGCUAUUUGAGACACAAACCUCACAAGUGGAAAUGUGGUAUUAUCUUUUUUCUCUUGGUUUGUUUAGGGCAGCUUGGUAACUGACAGCAGCAGCUUUGGAAAACUUCACACUUGUAUGCAUUUAGAAGUUUCCUGGAAGAUAUAUGGACUGUAUCAUCCAGCAGUGCAUCAGUAUGUCUGUAUUGGGGAAGGGGGGAAAAAAAGUCCUGACUGGAUUCUCUUCAAACUAGAUGGAAAAAAAUAUUCGUGUUUCAUAAGUGCCUGAGCUAGUAAAGUUUUCUUCUGAAUAUAUAACAUUGCACAAGUAAAGAAGAGCGUAGAGGUUAGGUUAAGAAAGGAAAGGGACAGAAGUCUUACAUUAGGCUGCAGACAUUUUAAUACAGUGCCAGAGAAGAGUACUCUGUUGAAACCAACAGGUUUUUACUGGCCAAAAGGAUUGCUGAAAAUAAUUUUCAAGUUGAAAGACCUAGUUUUAUCUUAGUUUGCUUUCUUUGUACAGACUUGCCUGCCAAGUGGUGACAUUUAGCAAUGCAUUGGUAUAAGCAAUUAUUCCAUCAGUGCUCAGAUUAACAACCAUUUCUGCCCUGCCUGCAAGCCCCCAGGCACUUUUUUCAUGGCUCAAAAUACGGUGCUUCUUUAUGUAAACCAUUUAUAUAGAGAGUGCACCUAAAAGCAGUUGCCUACCAUGUGCCCAACAGAAGCUAUUUGAUUCGUGCCAACUUGAAAAU